AAAGAACAUUUCGCUAAGUUGGCUGUUGAUGCUGUUGUUCGUUUGAAAGGUUCGGGCAAUUUACAAGCCAUCCAAUUAAUUAAAAAGUCGGGGGGAACCCUUGAAGAGUCAUUUUUAGACGAGGGUUUCCUCCUUGAUAAGAAACCGGGAGUCCAUCAACCAAAACGCGUGGAAAAUGCCCGAAUUUUAAUCGCAAAUACUCCAAUGGACACUGAUAAAAUAAAAGUCUUUGGUUCUCACAUCAAAGUCGAUUCUAUGGCGAAAAUCGCCGAAUUAGAGUUAGCCGAGAAGGAGAAAAUGAAAGAUAAAGUUAACAAAAUACUUAAACAUAAUGCCAAUGUCUUUAUUAAUAGACAAUUGAUUUACAAUUAUCCUGAGCAAUUGUUUGCCGAUGCUGGCGUUAUGGCUAUUGAACAUGCCGACUUUGAUGGCAUUGAACGUCUAGCUUUGGUCACUGGUGGUGAAAUCGUCUCAACUUUCGAUAACCCCGAGCUUGUUAAACUUGGCAAAUGUGACUUAAUUGAACAAGUCAUGAUUGGUGAAGAUAUUUUGUUACGUUUCAGUGGCGUGCCUUUGGGGGAGGCUUGCACGGUGGUGAUCCGUGGGGCGACUCAGCAAAUCAUAGACGAAGCCGAUAGGUCCCUUCAUGAUGCUCUGUGUGUUCUUGCAGCAACAGUAAAGGAGAGUGGAAUCGUCUACGGUGGGGGCUGCAGUGAGACUUUGAUGGCAGUAGCCGUGAGCAAAGCUGCAGCCAAGACUCCAGGAAAGGAGGCUGUUGCAAUGGAGGCUUUUGCCCGGGCCUUGCUCCAAUUACCGACUAUUAUAGCCGAUAAUGCAGGGUACGAUUCCGCUCAGUUGAUAAGCGAGUUGAAAGCGGCUCAUAACAGCGGGAAUAGUACUGUGGGACUUAAUAUGGAGACGGGAGAACAAGGCGAUAUGAAGAGUUUGGGAAUCACCGAGUCGUUUGUUGUUAAAAGACAAGUUUUGUUGUCGGCGGCUGAAGCAGCAGAGAUGAUUUUGCGUGUUGAUAAUAUUAUUAAAGCGGCCCCGAGGAGAAGAGUAGAGGAUAGGGGACACUGCUAAUUUAACUAAACUGAUGUAUUUUCACUAUUUUUAAUACCGUGCAUUGUAUUAGUUGUACAACUAAUUUUUUUGAUGUAUUUGAAUCAUUAACACGUAAUAAAACUCUUUCAUUUAA